GGCAGCCAGAGGCGCGCCGGCUGUUUCGCGUAGUGCCGCCGCCGCCGCCGCCGCGCAGCAGCCGAGGAAGCGGGAGGCGGCCGGGAUGCGCCCGGCUCCCAGGGGGCAGCAGAAGCAACAGCGGGGCCGCGGCCAGAGCGCCUCUUUCCAGCCCGCCGCGCGGGCUUACCGGCGCCUUCCCCUGCCUGAACGAACAUGCGGAGCGGGGCUCUGGAUGUUACCUACUUGGAAAAACUUGACGACAUGCUUCAGAUGCACCUCAGCCUAAGAGUAUGCCAUUAGGAUAUUCUGGUCUUUCUUCUUGGAUCAUGGGGGAAAAGGAAGAUGAGAAAUAUAGCCAAGCUAGCCAAAUAUUUGAAAACUUUGUCCAAGCCUCAACAUGCAAAGGUACAAUUCAGGCCUUCAAUAUUCUCACUCGUCAACUUGAACUUGAUCCACUGGACAACAGGAACUUUUAUGCAAAACUUAAAUCAAAGGUGACCAGUUGGAAGGCCAAAGCUUUGUGGAACAAGCUAGAUAAAAGAGCAAGCCAUAAAGAAUAUAAGCGUGGAAAAUGUUGUGUGAACACGAAGUGUUUGAUAGUUGGAGGUGGCCCCUGUGGUCUGAGGACUGCCAUAGAACUUGCCUUUCUGGGAGCCAAAGUUAUUGUUGUGGAGAAGAGAGACACUUUUUCUAGAAACAAUGUGCUUCACCUCUGGCCUUUUACUAUUCAUGAUCUCCGAAGCCUGGGAGCAAAGAAGUUUUAUGGGAAGUUCUGUGCAGGAUCCAUUGAUCAUAUCAGCAUUAGACAACUUCAGCUUAUCUUAUUCAAGGUUGCACUGAUGCUGGGAGUUGAAAUCCAUGUGAAUUUAGAAUUUGUGAAAGUUCUGGAACCUCCUGAAGAUCAAGAAAACCAAAAAAUAGGUUGGCGGGCUGAAUUUCUUCCAAUGGAUCAUCCUUUGUCAAAAUUUGAAUUUGAUGUCAUUAUUGGUGCUGAUGGCCGCAAAAGCACUUUGGAAGGCUUUAGGAGGAAGGAAUUUCGUGGGAAGCUAGCUAUAGCUAUCACUGCCAACUUCAUAAACAGAAAUACCACCGCAGAAGCUAAGGUGGAAGAGAUCAGUGGCGUUGCUUUCAUUUUCAAUCAAAAAUUCUUCCAAGAUUUGAAGGAAGAAACAGGUAUUGACCUGGAGAAUAUUGUUUACUAUAAAGACAGCACACACUAUUUUGUGAUGACUGCAAAGAAGCAGAGCCUUCUGGAUAAGGGAGUCAUUAUUAAUGAUUAUAUUGAUACUGAAAUGCUGCUUUGUGGAGAAAAUGUAGACCAAGAAAACCUACUGUCCUAUGCAAGAGAAGCUGCUGACUUUGCAACUGAUUACCAACUGCCCGCCUUGGAUUUUGCAAUCAAUCACUAUGGGCAACCAGAUGUGGCCAUGUUUGACUUUACUUCCAUGUAUGCCUCUGAAAAUGCCGCAAUAAUACGAGAGAGACACAGACAUCAACUGCUGGUUGCUCUUGUUGGAGAUAGCUUAUUAGAGCCAUUCUGGCCAAUGGGCACUGGUUGCGCCAGAGGGUUCCUGGCUGCUUUUGACACUGCAUGGAUGGUGAAAAGUUGGGCACAAGGAAAGCCCUUGCUAGAUAUCCUUGCGGAAAGAGAAAGCAUUUAUAGACUCCUACCCCAGACAACACCUGAAAAUAUCACUAAAAACUUUGACCAAUAUACCAUUGAUCCUGCAACACGGUAUCCAAAUUUGAACUCCAGCUGUGUUAGGCCUCAUCAGGUGAAGCAUUUAUACAUUACAAAUGAACUGCAGCCAUGCCCCCUGGAAAGAACAAGCUCCAUUAGAAGAUCAGUUGGUCUUUCAAGACAUGAAUCUGACACAAGGCCAAACAAACUUUUAACGUGGUGUCAGAGGCAGACAGAAGGAUACCGGAACGUUAACGUCACUGAUCUCACAAGUUCAUGGAGGAGCGGUCUUGCCUUUUGUGCAAUUAUACAUCGCUUCAGACCUGACCUCAUGGACUUUGACUCUCUGAAUGAAGAAGAUGCAGUCAAAAAUAACCAGCUGGCAUUUGACAUUGCUGAGCGAGAAUUUGGAAUUCCUCCCAUCAUCACUGGGAAAGAGAUGGCAUCUGCUGGAGAGCCUGAUAAACUCAGCAUGGUCUUGUACCUCUCCAAGUUCUAUGAGCUAUUUCGGGGAACACCUCUGAGAGCAGUGGGUACUGUUGACAAGCAAAAUGGAGAAAGAAAUGAUGUUUAUUCGUCAAAAUCAUCCAACUUUGCCUUUAAUAAUUACAUCAACUUAACCUUUCCGCGAAAGAGAAUACCUAAAGCAGAAGAAAAUGAAUCCAGUAAAAGGCGCCGUAAAAGUCUUAUGAAUUUUGAGGAGUCUUCAAGUUCUUCGAAUCAAGGAACAAAUUCUGGUAACCAACUAGGAGCCAUGAAAGAAACAAACCAAAACAAAGUGAAGUCCAUGGCAACACAGCUCUUAGCCAAGUUUGAAGAAAAUGCUCCCAGCGUUUCGUUACGUAGGCAGGAGGUAGUAGCUAAAGCAGCUUUGCACCUCUCUUCUGAAUCUCCUGUAAACCCUCGCUUUGCUAAACCCAAGGAGGCAACCUGUAACCCACCACCUCCUCCAAAAAGUCAGUUUCAGGCAGUAGCUAGGGCUGACCGCCUGGUCAGGGAGCCCACGCAGUCUUUGCCUGGGGCUCCUCCAGAGGCCAGGCACUUGCGAUGCAUAGACCGAACUGAGCUGGAGCCCAGCCUUCCUGACACCCUUGCAUCUUCCUGUCCUGCUGCAUUUGCGCUCUCUGGUGUGCUUCUGCGCCUUCAACGUGUGGAGGAAAAAUGUAACCAGAAGAGAGCUCAGUCUUUAGCAAAUAGAGAAUUUCAUAAAAAGAGCAUUAAAGAGAAAGCUGCUCAUCUUGCCUCAAUGUUUGGCUCUGUCAACCUCCCAAAGAAUAAACUUCCUACUAAAGGUCUCUCCCAUUCUCAGCUCCCAUCUCCCUCUUGCCUUCCAUCUCAUGACUCAGCUGCUUCCUCUUCAUCUAUUGAUUCUGCUUCCCCUGCCAUUCAUUCUAAAAAGAUGACUGUAGGGAAAGUAUCACAUGGAAUAAGUGCUGUGGCACAAGUCCUGGUCAAUCUGUACAUGAAUGAUCACAGGCCAAAUCCAUUAAACCAGAAUGAAUCAGCGAAUGGAGGUGCUGCUGCUUCUUUCCCUACUACUACUACUUCUACUACUACUCCCUGUCAAGCUUUUCCUUCUACUACUCAGAGCUGUCAGGGUUCCCUGAGAAAGGAGUUUCCUCAGUCGGUAGGUGGGAGUGACAUCUGCUGUUUCUGCAAGAAAAGGGUGUAUGUCAUGGAGCGCCUGAGCGCAGAGGGGCGCUUCUUCCACCGGGAGUGCUUCAAAUGCGCCACGUGUGCUACAACGCUCCGCCUGGCUAUGUAUGCUUUCGAUGAAGAAGAAGGCAAAUUUUACUGCAAGAUCCAUUUUGCACAAUGUAAAACAAAGAAUACUCACAGAAAGAGGAGAGCCAUGUUAAAAACUAAUGCAAAGGGGGAAAUGGAGGUGUGGAGGCAAGAAGAACCUAUGUCUGCAGAAACCACCUCAGAAAGUGCUUUUGCUGCUAAUAGCAGCUCAGAGGACCUGUCCCCAGAUUACUCCAGCCAUUCAACCUCUCCAAAAAAAUUCAAAAACGUCCCUGAACUUGAUUUUAGAGGCAGGGUCCCUUCUGUGUCUUCUGAGUGGGCCUUGGUAAGGAUUAUCUCAGAGGAGGAGAUGGCUGAACACAACCUUCUGGCUGUUCGUGUUAUGGUCACCAGUGAUGGAAGCAGCUCAGAACUAGAACCUGAUUUUGAUGGCAAUUCAUCCAUUUCGGAAUUGGAUGAAAGGCCAUUGCCACUGCCUGCGCCAAAGAGUUGCACUUCAUCUUCAAAAAGGAAUUUGCUGUUAAAUACCAACUUAGUGAAAGGGGAGGAAUCCCGUGAAAAGUCCAAAGCUGUGAAUGCUCUGCAACGAGCACAUACUCUUCGAGACCCUUCUACAUCAAAAAAAUACCAGAACUGGAAGAAGAAAAUUCAAUCAAAUUUCCCUCUAUUGUACAGCAAGAAAAAUGGGCCAUCUUCAAGGGACACCUCAGCUAGCCUUCAGAGAGAUUGUGAAGAUAAUCCCGUUGAAACUGAGCAGACAUAUCCAAACAGGAUUCCAGAAAUUAUAAGAGAACAUUUCAAACCCCACAGCCCAGCAUUUCAAAAGAAAAGAAAAGGCACGAGUGUACCAGGAGAAACCCCUUCCUAUGUUCCCCAUUAUUCACUGUACAACUGCAGGGAUACCUGUCCAUUCUUCCAGAGUGGAUCUGUAUGUCCUGCCGAUCAGAGUUCAUCUCCCAGUUACCCUGAGCUUGGAGUCAGAGACUACAGUACUGAAGACCGGUGUUUAAGAAAUCAGACAGUAUAUGGUGAGCAACUGACCCCAUCCUUGUUUACAAAGAAUUCAGAUGUCUCCUCUGUGAAUCCUGAUGUGGGAGAUAAAACUGCUUCAAGGUCUGCCAAAGAACGGCACGACAGACAUUUAAACAAAGCUAAACACAAGAUCAUGAGGAAGUUAACUCUUUCGAUGGAGCAGCAGUCCAAGCAACUUGCUCCGAAUGAUGUGAGACUAGAUGAGACAAGAACCAAAGAGCAAGGCCAAGAAAUUCCAGAACCGAAGAAUGCUUCUUUUCGUAGAUAUGAGAACAUACCAAAGCAAGCUAAAUGUGGUAGAUCUCUUAAGUUCCCAGAUGGUGAUUCACUUAUUUUGUCUCCUGAAGACAGACUUCCAAAGAAUGUUGAUAAUUGUCCCAAAGACCACAUGGCAGGCCAGCCUAAGUCACCACUGAAGCUAAUUGCCAAUGCUAUAAAGAAAUCCAUCAUAGACCCACUUAUUUCUUCUCCAGAAGGUCUGAGAAAGGGGCAGGAAAUGCAUUCCAAGCUGCCUUCAGAAAGCACAUUCUUCAAUUUCCCUCAUGCCUUAGUUCACUCUGUAAGUCUAAGGAACAGCAAGAAUGAUGUACAAACACAGGAGCUCCAUAGGUUGAAUAGUGCAGAAAAUGGACUUGGAAUCAGGAGUUCAGAUAUGCCUCAUUUUUCCAGCGUUCCAAGAGAGGAAUAUUCUUGUGAUGAUAAAUGUGUAUCUUUUCCUGUUUACAGUGUGCAUUCCAACCUUUCUAAGAGUCCUCCUAAAUCUGUAUAUUCCGCUUCCAAUGUGGACGAUGUGCCAACACUUCUAGAAAGGUUUACCCUUAAAGAAAACCUGUGGAAGACUGCCAAGGAUGAUUGGCGUGCACGUAAUCAAAAGAACAUUCUUUAUUCAUCUCUGAGGCACCAUAACAAGAAUGCUGAUACUAUUUUAGAUAGUGCUGAGCAAAGGAACAAUGUAUGGAACCUGUUCAGUAGCUUCAGGAAUAAAGUAGAUGAUAGAGUCCAGUCCACUCCUUUAAUGCCACCCGUAUCGCCCUGUACUGUCUUUGAUGUUGAUGAAGUAUUAAAUAAUUCUUCCAAAGAAGAACACUUGGGUUCUGAAUGUCUACCUGUCAGAAAACAAGCAACUCAGUAUUGCUCUUCAUCUUCUGAUGAUGGAUUAGAAUGGAAGCCUUCAAAGACACGCAAGACCAAAAGAACUCUUAGAAGAAACAGAAAGUUGGAAAAGGAAACAAAACAACUGGUUAAACAAGAAGAACUAAAAAGGCUUCAUAAAGCACAGGCUAUCCAGAGACUACUGGAAGAAGUAGAGGAGAAGCAGCGAGACCUGGAGGUGUACGGUGUUCAGCUAGAGAAGGAACUGCGAGGAGAAUCAGAUUCAAGAACACAAGAUGAAACUCAGCUGUUACACGAAUGGUUUGAGUUGGUAUUGGAGAAGAAUAAAUUAAUGCGCUAUGAAUCUGAACUGUUGAUCAUGGCCAAAGAGCUGGAACUAAAGGACCAUGAAAACUGAUUGAAGGAGAACCAAGAUAGAAAAAUGGAACAUGGAUGGUGGGUCACCAAGAAGAGUGUUCUGAUUUCUAAAAUAAGCAUCAACAGUACACCAACGCAUUAACCUUCAACAUUAAUUCUUACAGUGGAAGAUACAUUGUAAUUUUAGGUUAAAUAUGCAUAUUGUAAAGAAGUAGCUGGAAAAUUCUCAGCACAGUGUCAAGUGGCUAUAAUGUAUAAAAAUGCUGACAAGGUAGAUGGUACUCCAUAUAUUAAUGGAGCUUUAAUACACUGGUAAAUAUUUGCAAUUUGUACAACUCUACCUUAAUAUCAAAGGGAUGUUCUUAACCACAUUCAGAGGGAUCAAGUGAAACUUUGUAGAAGGCAAGGUUAUUUGUGUAAUGUAUUUUACAGGAUACUUUCACAUAAUGAUUGAUACUAUUAUGUACUCUUUUGUUGGUGUACAGAAUUGUAACGCUACAUAUUAACUCUUAAAACUGGCUACAUUCCUUUUCCUAUAAUGCUGACAGUAUUUAUUAGACCAUCUGUAAAGGUCCAUAAGCUGUACCUAUGCCGUUGCUGCUGAAGAUAAAUGUAAAAAGAACAUGUUCCAGAUUAAUACUUUGCCAAAACAGCUUGCAGAGCUCCUGUCUUGAGCCCAUUUCAUUGAAACUUUGCUGAUACUACUGACAUGCUGCAAGCUCAACUCUUUGCCCACUGGCAGAAAAACAAAACAAAUACACAAAACCUAUCCCUCAAACAAAACGGAGGACUUUACUUUGAAUAGUCUUUGAUAGUUCAUUGAUUUUUGUAGUUUAAGUGCUAAGGUUGUAUGAGGGAUCUGGAAUAACACACGUACUGUGUCCAAAAAUUUUUGACUUCUACUUAAAAGGGACAGACUAAAUCAUCAAUAAGCAAAAGGUGCUUAAAUGCUGGCUGCCUACGGCUAAGCAAUAGCAGGUGUAUGCAUAAAAGUGAGUGAAUCUCCAGAAUGUAAUGUAAUCAAGGGCUGGCAAACUGUGGGAGUUCUGGAGGCAUUUACACAUACCUCAGGGGGGGAUGCACACUCUGUGGGGUGCUACACACUCCAUGGGGCACCCUUCCAAAAUACAAGGAGGAAGACAAUAUCACUGUUUUGACACUGGAUUUUGGUUACAAAUCUAAACUUAGUUUUAAAGUACAUGUUAACUUUCUGGUGCUCCACAGAUGCUACAGAUGCCUUUGGGGAGGCAGGGGCCACACUGGGGUAUCUGGGGCAGAAUGCAGCCUGUGUGUUAUCCAUCUCUGUUCUAUUCCAAAAGCAAGUAGUAAUUUCUGUUACAAAUAAUGCAUUGUAAUAUGUAAUAAAGCCUCAGCUCAGACAAUCAUGAUUUAGAAGCUGCAACAGGCCCCAUGCCUGUGUUUCUUAAGACACAGGAAGAGAAGGAAAGCUUGUUUUCACCUGAGAACAAAGUCCAUUUCCUUUUUACAGAGAAGUUAACGAAUUACAUAUGAAUUCAGGGAAUGUCAGUUUGUUCUAACCAAAGUUAGUUUUGUAAAACACACAGUUUUACUUUCAUUUGUACAAAAAUGCAGUUUGUUCUCAAAGUUGACAUUUUCCAUCCUUCUUCUUGUUCAUAAAACAAGCAAGUGGCUUAGACCUGAUAAUUUUAGAUGGCUGACGUGAGCCUAAGCAUUCUGUUAAGAAACAUGGAAAUGCCUCCAAUGGUGGUAGAGAAAAUAAGAUUGUGUUCUUUUCAACAUGUAUGUAUUUAUUUGUCUGGGCUUUACAUGGAAUGUCUACUAUGAACAUAUUUAUCAUUACAGGCUCAUUUUUCUGUUCAGUUUUCAGUAAGUGAAUAAUGUUUAGACAAAGCUGCUUUGCUGUAUAAGACAAAAUUAUACUAUUUUAACAAAGAUGUACUGUAUCUAAAAUUCUUAUUUGCACUUAAUAGUAUUCUCCCCAUGAUGUAUCUGUAGUGUGAGAGUUACAGUAUUAUUGUAGUGUAAGCUAUUUUUCAUGGUGGUAUUAAAAUAUAUUAAAACUAAAA